CUACUCACAUUCGCGUGCCCCUCCUUUUCCGCCCCUCUGACUCUGAGAAGUCUAAUCCUCAUCACUGUUCCUUUUUUAAUUUCCUUCUUUUCCUUUUUCUUAUCCUACCAUUUUAACGGUGCCCCCCCUUCUUCUUCCCCUUUUUGUCCACUCCUUCGCUACUUUCAUUUCUCAUUCUCCCAUAAUUCCCUUCCUCCCCUCCCUCUCUCUCUCUCUCCUCAAAGUUCUGUUUGGAUGGGUGGAUCAGCUAGCUGGGUUUUCAAGCACUAAUUUAUUUCUAGCUGAAAGUUUGUGUGGUGUAAAUUUAAGGUGCAUGAUGAAGAGUUUGAGGCAAUGGGAAAAGUCGCUUGCACCUCGAGAUGAAGGAGAGGCAGCGUUGGACUACUGAAGAGGAUACGAUACUAGGUGCAUAUGUUAAGCAAUAUGGUCCAAGAGAAUGGCAUCUUGUCUCUCAGCGAAUGAACACGCCUCUUGAUAGGGAUGCCAAGUCUUGUUUAGAGAGGUGGAAAAAUUACCUGAAACCAGGGAUUAAGAAAGGUUCACUCACAGAAGAGGAGCAGCGCCUUGUAAUUCGUCUCCAGGCCAAGCACGGGAAUAAAUGGAAGAAGAUCGCAGCUGAAGUCCCAGGGCGUACUGCUAAACGGUUAGGCAAGUGGUGGGAAGUUUACAAGGAGAAACAACAGAGGGCAAAGAAGGAUGCCGGCAAGUGCUUAGAGCCAAUUGAAGAGGGCAAGUACAACCAUAUUUUGGAGACUUUUGCUGAGAAGCUAGUGAAGGAACGAACACCCCCAGGUCCCCCAUUUCUUAUGGCAACCUCAAACGGGGGUUUUUUACACAGUGGUGAUCAUACUCCUCCAUCAGUACCCCCUCCACCUUCAGUUCCUGCUACAACAACGAUGCUUCCUCCAUGGCUUUCAACUUCUAAUGGAGGAAGGCUACCAUCUUCUCCUUCGGUUACCUUAAGUCUCUCGUCCUCAACCAUCCCUACACCAACCCCAACUCCGGUAGCUUGGCUUCCACAAGAAAGAGGGCCCUAUAAUAUUGAUAAUUCCCCUCUUAUGUUAGGCUGCUUGCCACCGUGUACUGGUGGACCUCCUGAGCAGAUGCUCCUGUCGGAGCUUAUGGAUUGCUGUAGAGAAUUGGAGGAAGGGCAUCGUGCUUUGGCAGCUCACAAGAAGGAAGCUGCUUGGAGACUAAAGAGGGUGGAGCUUCAAUUAGAGUCAGAGAAGGGCAGUCGAAAGAGAGAGAAAAUGGAGGAGAUUGAGGCAAAGAUACAUGCUCUUAAGCAAGAGGAGAAGGCUAGCAUUGAGAGAAUCGAGGCGGAGUACCGGGAGCAGCUUGCAGGAUUACAGAGAGAUGCUGAAGCUAAGGAACAGAAGCUGGCUGAACAAUGGGCUGCUAAACACAUGCGAAUUACAAAGUUGCUUGAACAAAUGGGCUGCAGGAGCCGGCUUUCUGAACAAAAUUGAUUCUCCAGGAGCAAGAUGAUGUUUCUAGUGGACUUGAAACUUUUGUGUUAACUACAUAUUUUCUGCUUGUUUGUAUUGCUGAUUGAUUGAACAUUAGUUGGCGAUUUGUGUACUUGCUAAUUUCUAUGUUCUGAAUCAUCUUGAUUUGGUGUCUUCAA